AUGCCUGGUCCUUCUGGUCCCAUUACACUUCAGGUUUUCAUUCGCUCUUCACAAGGAUCACGUAUCGCAGGGAGGCAGGUUUUCGAAUAUUUAAGAGACACCGGUCGAGGAGCUGUUUACAGUACAGGUGGAACUAGGGAUGAAAUCGACUUUAUGGGCAACCUCGAGACGAUUCCCCCAUACGAGCACAAAGAAAAAUCGUUUCCAGCUGGGCGGGUGAUUGAAGAUCCCCUCAUAUUAGAUACGGAUUGGCUCGCUGUGGGUCAUGUGGAUGAGAUGGUUCAAUUUCUCCCAGCUGAUAACACAUUGCAUGGAUGGGUUCUUUUUGUAGCCGAUCCGAUCAGAGGACUUCAGAUUCUUCAAAAUGCUCAAAAAGCUGGCCAUGGAAGUCUCCAGGCAUUCUCCCAGCCUGACGAAUCGUUUCCUAGUAUUCCGAGAGGGGUUCCGAAUAGUACCAUUGACGAAAUCCUGACUGAUAAAUUGAUUGCCGACAACGAACGGUUCGCUGAGCAUAUCAAAGGCGUCAGAGAUACACUACAAGAAAAAACCGGCAUCCCGGAUACUAACGCUCACUGGGUCCCGAUGAUACUCGAGACGGGCGUCCGUUGGGGACCAGACGAUGGAGUCGCCCCAGAUCUAAAUUAUAGUGUUACCCACGGUGCUGCAUUAUACCCCGGCGUUUUGAACGGUGUAGUAUUAAGUAACUCGAUAUAUCUAUUUCCCAAACCGUGGCGCCCUGUUAUCGACGGCAAGGACAUCAUAGUAGAAGCAACUAAUAAGGUGUAUGAGGAAGUAGGGUUUGGUGUCGUGUAUAUUAAUGCUGGUAUUCCCAGCACGAAGGCGGUGGUGAAGUUCAUUGCGGGACGAACACGAUCCGCGUUCCAAAACACUCAUGGUGGGAAAUGA